AUGCUUGAAGUGAGCUUAAGGUUAAAUUCUAAUAACACCAGAGUGGUUGGUAUCAAGUCUCAUGAAAAUGACCAUGACAGAAAUGAUCUAUUUGAUGAAGAUAUAUUGAAUAGAAGAAGAAUAGACUGUGGAAUAAUAAAAGAUGUUUUUCCUUUGAAAGGAAUUUUUGAUAAAACGUAUCGGCGAAUUACUGAUAUUCAGAAUGCCACUCUUAAUUUUCAAACUCCUAUUAAUCAUAUCAAUCAAAUAACCAUUUGCUAUAAUUCUCUUUUUCACGCAAUCGAAGCAAAUCUAAACAGUUUUAAAAAGCUCAAGCUUUAUUUUAUCAAUAAAAACAUACUCCCAGGAUUUUCUUAUUUGAACUUCUUUAGCGAUAAUACUCCAGAUGAUAAACUAUGUAAACUAGAACCUUUUUUCAAUUUUUCAUCAUUAAGAUCAACUCUUACAAAAUAUAUAGAAAGAUUUCCAGGUAAUAAAAAAAGAGAAUUGGAAUAA